CCCCCGCGCGCCGCCGCCGCCGCCGCUGGGCUCGGGCCUGCCGCCGCCGCCGCCAUGGCGUUCACGUUCGCCGCCUUCUGCUACAUGCUGGCGCUGCUGCUCACCGCCGCCCUCAUUUUCUUCGCCAUCUGGCAUAUUAUAGCUUUUGAUGAGUUGAAGACUGACUACAAGAAUCCAAUAGACCAGUGUAAUACGCUGAACCCUCUUGUACUUCCAGAGUACCUCAUCCAUGCGUUCUUCUGUGUUAUGUUUCUGUGUGCAACAGAAUGGCUUACGCUGAGUCUCAAUAUGCCGCUGUUGGCUUACCACAUUUGGAGGUAUAUGAGCAGGCCUGUGAUGAGUGGACCAGGACUGUAUGACCCAACAACAAUAAUGAACGCAGAUAUUUUAGUGUAUUGCCAGAAGGAAGGCUGGUGCAAACUAGCAUUUUAUCUGCUCUCCUUUUUUUACUACCUAUAUGGCAUGAUUUACGUUUUGGUCAGCUCUUAAGGACGAUGCCCAGCAGACUUGGUUCCAGUAAAGUGCAUGCAGAAAAGCCACAGAACAAAGAAGACUCUGCUAUCGAGAUUUAACUAUGGAAUCUGGUGUCCACAAUUACAAUGGGAGGAUCGGACUUCCUCUUCUCACUCCCCGCAACCCUUCCAGUACGUCUGUACUUUAAUACUCAUGGACAGACUUUUUUAAAAAAAUUAUUGGGAUGGUUAAAGUGACGAGAAUUGCCUAUAAAUUGAUGUAAAGCAAUCGCCUCUGGCUUUGGAAGGUUUUCACCCUGCACUCCAUAAGGAACAGCCCAUGCCCUCCAUUAUAGCUGUAUCAAUUGCUGUAUAGUGUAAUAGAGGAUUUGUUUGCUUUGUUUACUGGACUUUAUAGUGGCUCAUUUGAGUUAGGGACUUCCGUCUAGGUGUCAGUCGUAGGUACCAAGUGCUUCUGAAAGACUGAACGCUUCUCUGUAUUAUCUCUUAGGUAACCUCUGUGUGUCUUAUAGAUGAAUAUACGAGUACAACUGCAGGAGGAAUAGUGGUUCUGUUUUUUACUCUCUGGAAAUUCUCUGCCUCUGAUGUGCGUGGCUCACACUUGCCAUAUUUACAUGAACUGAAACCCCUUUGCUUUAAUUUCCAAGCUAAGUGGAUACAGUAGAGAAAGUGGAGCUAAUGGUGAAGGUGCAUUUUGAGACCACUCUUGUUUGAAAGCGGACGGAGAGAAGAAGGAAUGUGUUACCAUUUCAAGAUACCAUUUGGACCACACGAGGUAACAAAGGUAGUUCUGAGAGUGUGAAAGCUCAUCACGUCCACUUUGACACACAUGUGCAACGAGGUUGAAUAAAUUUCUGUGCGGUUCCUUAGUGCAAUGCAAUAAAGAUCCAAAAGACAGGUAUUUACCCUCUUCUGCUCGUUUAAGCCAAAAGUGCUUUGGAACGGUUGGUUUUAGUCAAAUGCUGAGGCAAUAUCGUUCCAGCAGUAGCUUGUUUAAAGGUGAAUGAUUGCUGCGUGUACUGAACAGUUACACUGGCUGUAGACUGAAGAUGGGGAGAAGCUAGGUCACAGUCCUUCUGUGGGCCGCCUCCUGCUUGCCGGCUGCUAGAAUUCUUACUAAGGUGAAGAGACCAUUCUGAAGAGCGUAGUCUCUGGAAGAGCCUCUUGUAACGUUUAAAGCACUUUGGAUCACGGAGAUUCCUGGAAAGCAGAAAUGGAGAAUCCGUCAGACUCAAGCUGGUCCACCCCUGCUGUAGACCAGCCUUCCCCCGUCUGGCGCGCUCCAGCUGCUUUGGACACUCGUCAGUCCAAGUCAGCAUGGCCGGUGGCCAGGAAUGCUUGGAGGGGGAGUCAAAAACGUCCGGAGGGUACCAGGUUGCAGAAACCUGCGUAGAGCAUCCUGUGGCCAUUGGCUGUGGAAGCAAGUUCCUCUCCACCGGUUCAUGCUUCUUGGAGCAAAGGAGAAGGCAAGGGAAUGGCGUUUAACCAUGAGCGGCUCGUUUUGCUGCUGUUACAGGUUGUGUGAAGUCAACCAUGGAUAUUUCUGUAGUAAGCAAGCCCUUUGUUUAGAUCUAUGGAGUUAAAUUGGAAUAAAAACGAAAUGUUGCCCCAUCUGUAUGUUUCGUUACACCCUAGGUGUUUAAGAGCCUAUCAAGCUGCAAAGCUGUUCUUGAGCAAGGGUGUUAGGAUGUAUUGAUACGAGGUCGCAAUUUGAGGCCCUAAUCUCUCAUGACAGCCAGGUAGUUUUUCUCUACAAUCUUCUUUCCAUUGCCAUCUUCAGAAACGGCUGGUUUCUGGAGGCCGGUGUGUGAAGUCUCACAUUAUGUUCAUGUAAUGCUGUAAUCUCUAGCUGUAGACUCCGACAUUGCUUUAGUUCAGUUUCCAUACUGGUCUGCUCAUAUAGAAAAGGUCUCUCUUGCUGCUUAACCUCUUGUAACGCAGCUGACUUCGUACAUGUUCUUUAAACUCGUGCAGGCUGUGUGCAGCAUUAGCUUCCACAUUUGGACUCGUUUAGGCUUUUAAGAACAAACCAAUGAGGUGUCACAGAUGUAAGUCCGGCAUUGCAACUUGGGUGGCAGACAUCUUACUGGUCAGUCAGAUGCUGCACAAGCGCACUCACACACCCGUCCGCUUUUUUAAAACGCAGUUCGUGUUUUCUGUAACAAGUUCAACAACACGGUACCAAAAUGGGAACUUUAAAAACAGUGCUGGAUCUCUCUGUGAAAUGGGAGAGAAUUGUAUAUGUGUAAGUUAUUUUCAACUGCUUUCAAGUCUGAGAGAAAAUUGUACCUGUGCUUUUAGGGGAAAUGUGCUGCUGUCAGAUUCUCUACCUCUCUUAAAGUGUGAUGCCUGCAUUCAAGCACUAUUUCCUACAUUUUCUUUCACACUAAACCUGCUCUUUAACGGUCUGGUCUCAGAAGUUGAAUUAGUGGAGAGAAUAUUUAGAUUCUCCUCAUCUUUCAAGGAUAAAAAUUGGCAAAUAGAAUGCAUGAAGUUCAAUUAACCAGUAACAGGGGCUUUGCCAUAAAAAUGGUUUCUGACUUUCCUCUGCUUCUCUGUAAAUGUACAGCAAUCCGGUAAGACCAAUAGGGGAUGAUAUCAAAUGGGAACAGCAAUGGGUUUAAGUUGUAUAGUAGAAAAUAUCUAAGAAGGAAUGACAAAUGGAAUAUAUUAACCAAAGAAGUUGUGUAAUUUUUCUGAGCAUUAAAGGAAUGAAUGAGUAGCGA